UUGGGCUAUUUAAUCACUGCUUCCUAGCUGCAGCCUGCCAGCACAGAGCACACACACAUAUAGUGUCACAUUAGGCACACUAGAGAGAGAGAGAGAGGGAGAGACAGAGAGAGAGAAAGGGGGACAGAGUUGCUCCCAUGAAUGAGUCCUUGUGAAUCUCAGCCCAGACACCUCUUUCAGUGGAUGUGCUUUAAAGAGCUUCAGAUCUUGCUCACCUACCCAUCCCAGUCCUGUCUUUGGUCAGACUCUGGAGCCUUAUCAUGUUGACCCAUGGAAUAUGCAGGUGUGCAGGUCCCAUUUCAAAACAUGCCAUUCUCUUCCUCCUCUUUCUUCUGUCCGGAGCCCAGACUGAAGAUGGCAAUUUGAAACAAAUACACGUCACUACAAGUGCAUUGGAAUUGCUUCCCCAUGACCUGGUCAACAACAGGAUUGGGAGGGAGAAUUCCCAACUCAAGGAAACAGGAUCUCAAAAUUCUCCUCAUUCUGGAGAAGAACUCUUGGAUUAUAAUUCUAAAAAAGAAACCUCUGCAUCUCAAAAGGAAGUAUCUGAAAUGCCUAGCACUGCUCCAAACUUUUCUGGAGAGCAAACCCUUCCAACAAGAAAAAAACCUCCAUCACUAAAGCAACUGAACACAGCGAGGAAAAACCUGAGACCUUUCAUUCCACUGAUCUCCGAAGGGCCAGUUGAUUCAAGUGUUAGCCAUUACCUGUCAACAGAAAAGGUUCCUGGUUUGAGGGAAGUCUCAUCUGAAGCUAAAGAAGUAAAGGAAUCUAUUCCAGAGUUUCCAUUAUGGAUAAACCGAAGAAGACAUAGCAGCGCUCUCUCUCAAAUACCUGUCCAAUUGACUCCUUAUACUUCUGUAGCUUCAGUUCCAAAUAGUCGAGAUGCAAUAAAAUUGCCAAUAUCUGAUAUAAACACAUCUAUGCAGGCAGAUGAGCCUGUUAGGACACGUUACAUGGACAAUGAUUUAAGUACAGGUGAUGAAAACCAAGAGACAACAACGUCUACAAUAAUAACAACAACAGUGAUCACUACAGAGCAGAGUCCAGUUCAAUGCAGUGUGAACUUCUUCGACCCCGAAGGAUACAUUGACUCAACUGAUUAUCCGCCACUCCCUCUGCAUAAUUUUCUGGAAUGUACCUACAAUAUUACAGUCUACAUGGGAUAUGGAGUUGAACUCCAGGUGAAAAGUGUUAAUCUCUCUGAGGGAGAACAAUUGGCCAUCCGCGGAGAGAGGGAUGAUGGUCUGGUAGUAUUAGCAAAUGAAACUCUUCUAGUGGAAGGUCAGGUGAUCCGAAGUCCAACUAACAGCCUAUCAGUUUAUUUCAAGACAUUCCAAGAUGAUGCCAUUGGAACCUUUCAACUUCAUUAUCAAAUUUUCAAACUGAGCUGCACUUUCCCUCGGAGACCAGAUUAUGGUGAAGUAAACGUUGUUGAUUUACACGCUGGUGGAAAAGCUAAUUUCCACUGUAACAUGGGAUACGAACUGCAGGGAACCAGAAACCUUUCUUGUAUCAAUGCUUCUAAGCCACAUUGGAGCAGCAAAGAACCUGUCUGCAUAGCCCCAUGUGGAGGCAGAGUGCAAAACGCAACAGUGGGAAGAGUCCUUUCUCCAAAUUUCCCCAGUAACUACAGUAACAAUCUCUUCUGUGCGUGGACCAUUGAUGCUCCUUCAGGACAGAAAUUGCACCUGCAUUUCGAAAAGUUUGUUAUGGGCGAAAAAGACAGGUUGGCUGUUUAUAGUAAUGGAAAGAUCCUCUUUGAUUCUGCCAAAACAGAGACGGUGCCGUUUGAAGGUCUGAUUAGUGAAGGAUCUUGCAUUAGAAUUGAAUUUUCUACAGAUGAGUCCAAAACAGCUCCUGGGUUCAACAUUCGCUUUGAAGCCUUUGAACGGGGCCAUUGCUAUGAACCAUACAUCCAAAAUGGUAACUUUACAACAACAGAUCCUACCUAUAGCAUGGGAGCUGUGAUAGAAUUUUCUUGUGAUCCUGGGCACUCUCUUGAACAAGGACCAGCUGUUAUAGAAUGCAUCAACAUGAAGGAUCCCUAUUGGAAUGAUACUGAGCCACUUUGCCGAGCUAUGUGUGGAGGUGAGCUUUCCACACCAGCAGGAGUGAUUCUGUCUCCAAACUGGCCUGAUCUGUACACUGAAGGAGAAGACUGCAUAUGGAGGAUCCAUGUGGGAGAUGAUAGAAGAAUAUUCCUUGAUAUUCAGCUAUUGAACCUGAGUAACAAUGACAUCCUAACCAUUUAUGAUGGAGAUGAAAUCACUUCUAAGAUUUUAGGACAGUUUGUUGGAAGCAGUGUACCACAAAAACUUUACUCUUCUUCUCCAGACCUAUCCGUUCAGUUUCAUUCUGAUCCAGCUGGGCUUAUAUUUGGAAAGGGACAAGGAUUUAUAUUGAACUAUAUUGAGGUGUCCAGGAAUGAUUCUUGCUCAGACCUACCGGAGAUCCAAAAUGGAUGGAAGACCACUUCCCACACAGAUCUUGUCAGAGGAGCAAAAAUCACUUACCAAUGUGAUCCAGGGUAUGAUAUUGUUGGAAGUGAAACCUUGACAUGUCAGUGGGAUCUCAGCUGGAGCAGCGACCCUCCAUUUUGUGAGAAAAUCAUGUACUGCACAGACCCCGGUGAAGUUGAGCAUUCUACUCGUUUAAUCUCAGACCCAGUUCUCCUUGUUGGAACUACUAUUCAAUAUACCUGCAACACAGGCUUUGUGCUUGAAGGAAGCUCUCUUCUCACAUGCUACAGCCGAGAGACUGGCACACCAAUCUGGACCUCAAGAAUCCCUCAUUGUGUUUCUGAGGAGUCCCUGGCAUGUGAUAAUCCUGGUCUACCGGAAAAUGGUUAUCAAAUUCUUUACAAAAGACUCUACCUACCUGGUGAAUCACUCACCUUCAUGUGCUAUGAAGGGUUUGAACUGAUGGGAGAAGUCACAAUUAAGUGCAUAUUGGGUCAGCCAUCACAAUGGAGUGGACCUCUUCCAGUCUGCAAAGCAACCCAGGAGCGUUUUGAGCAUGCUUUGCAAGUGGCAGAAGCAGCCGCAGAGACCUCAUUAGAAGGAGGAAACAUGGCCUUGGCCAUAUUCAUUCCCGUUGUGAUCAUUUCUGUGCUGCUUGGAGGAGCGUACAUUUAUAUAACAAGAUGUAGAUACUAUUCCAGCCUCCGCCUUCCUCUUAUGUAUUCCCAUCCUUACAGCCAGAUAACUGUAGAGACAGAGUUUGACAAUCCAAUUUAUGAGACAGGGGAGACCAGAGAGUACGAAGUUUCAAUAUAGAAGUACCAGGCUCCCUAACAAAGCAAGCGCCGGACAAUUUCAUCCACUUCUGACGUGAUAGAACUUCCUCAGUGCUUAAUCCAGAGACUAUGUGGAGUUGAAUUGAACCUUUUAGAUUUUUUUUUUAGUUGUAUUUCUGUUUCAUUCUUUCUUGAAGAUGUCCAUCUCCGUAUUUAUAACAUUUACAUUUAGAUAGGUGUGGUAAAAAAAAAUAUAGUGAAAAACUAAGAAAAAAAUCUUUGAUGUUGCAGGACAGAAUGUUAAGUAAUAUAAUGAGAAGAGGACACGAACACUACAAGGGUCAUUCUAUGAAAGUUCAGCAAAAUGGCAAUAAAUUGACAGCUUUGUAUAUUGCUUUUGCAUUAGUUCAUUAACUGUUUUAGUUUUAGUUUUAGUGCCACAGGGGUUUCCAUUACUAUAUUAAGCCAAGUUGAGGAUGAAUGCAGUUGAGUGUCAGUUGAUAGGCCAUGCCCCCAAAUAAUUUUAGAGGGCCAACGAGGGGCACUUCAUAUAACAUUAGUGUUCUAUCAGUACAAAGAAAACUGAAAAUGGUAAGUUUGUACUGAAAAAGUAUUACAGCUCUGCCACAUUCAUAUUAUUAUUAUUCAACUUUAGACAUGUAGAUUUGAUGCACUUUACAGGUUUACACUGGGCGUCUUCUGAAAUGUUGUUAUGGCCCACAUGAUUUUGUAUAUGGGAAUUUUAAAUUUCGUGGGUUAAUAAAUUGCCAACCAAAUUCUAUCAAGCAUACAAUUUUUACACAUGUCAUUGUAUCAAGAGAAAUAUGUUUAGAUAGGAGAGAUUUUCUGAGGUUCCUAUCUGCAGGGAUCAUUUCUACAUCAUAUCAAAAUAUUAUGCACGCUGGUUGUUUUUGAAAAAAAUACAUGUUCGGAAUUGUGCAUUGAUAAAUUAUGUACAGUAAAUAGACACCAACUGGCAGGGUUAUUCAUUACACAACUAGAAAACCGCAAUGGAAUUGGAUAUUUUAUGCCAAAAUAGUGAAUUAGAAAAACAGCAAUGUUGGAGAAUGGAUCCCAUUUAAGGCUCUUUUGGUCAAAAAUGCAAUUUCUUUAUACAUUUUUCACAAUUCUGUGACAGACGCCUACCUGUAUUUCAAGAAGUUUUGAUUUCUGAAAUUAAUUAUUUUGCAGAAAACAUAUGUUUCAAGGUACAAAGCAAACUGCACUUCAAAAAUAUUCUAAUUAAUGUGAUCUAGAUAUAAUGCAGAAUAUAAAUUCCCAUUCACAGGGUAAAUAUCAUGCAGUUACGUUUAAUUUACUCUUUUUUUUUUUCAAUUUCUCCAAUUUUUUUAUUUCUUUAACAGUAGUAAGUGACCCAAGUGCCAUUUUUGUACACUAAGAUUUCAUUAAAUUCAUUACUGUUACAUCUAUUUAAACACAGGUGACUUUUUAUUAAAUAAUAAUUUGCAAGCAAAAUUGAUGAGCCCUAUAAUUUUGGUACACUGUGCUCUAAGAAGGAUGCCAACCAGGGCAUAAUAUUAUAAUGUAAAAUGUGCACUAAUGAAGGCAUUACCAUCAACAUGUGCCGAGUAAAGUCAUAAUUGCAUGCAUGACAUGAACAGACAAACUUAAGAGGUGUCCUUAUGUUUGAUAGACUGGAAUUAAUUUACUUCAUCAUUGUCAUUUCCAUAUUGAAUUUUAGGGUCAGGGUUAUUAACUAACGUGGGAAUUCAAAGUUAAAGGGACACUAUAGUCACCUGAACAAUUUUAGCUUAAUGAAGCAGUUUUGGUGUAUAGAACAUGUCCCUGCAGCCUCACUGCUCAAUCCUCUGCCAUUUAGGAGUUAAAUCCUUUUGUUUAUGAACCCUAGUCACACCUUCCUGCAUGUGACUUGCACAGCCUUCCAUAAACACUUCCUGUAAAGAGAGCCCUAUUUAGGCUUUCUUUAUUGCAAGUUCUGUUUAAUUAAGAUUUUCUUAUGUUAAUAGCUUGUUAGACCCUGCAAGAGCCU